AUGCAGUCCUCGGUUCUUGUUGCCUUUGCUUUCUUGACAUCCCCCGUCUUGUGUGCAAAUGUCAAAGUGCAUCAUCAUCCUAUGAAGUUCCGUGAGGUAACAAUCAUUAAAGACAAUGCAAUUUGCCCCAAUGGGGGGACUGUGCUCAUGUGUCAGAGCGCAUCGUAUGCGUGCCAAGACGACGGCACUGGCACAAACAAGUGUCUCCCCCGUGAUAACUCCUUCCUCGACUCGAUAAACAACAAGACUAGGAUGCCAUGGACCGAGUGCGAUGCCAAGACUUCGUCCAAGUGCCUCUUUGAUUUUGAAUGUAUCUGUAUGGAUUACCAAAAUGUCAAUUGUUACUGCCAGCCACCCGAUGCUUGGCGAACGGAGCGUAAAAUUGCGAAGAGCUGUACCACGUCCAGUGGAAUCGAGAAUACCUGUGAUACAGGCAAGUACUGUCGCACCAAGGGUAGUACCCAAGAAUGUGCUCCAGCGCCUUAUCUCCCAACCACUACGUCACUUUACAGUGAUUGUUCGAACGAUGGAAAGUGCGACACGGGGUUGACUUGUAAAGACUAUGACAACUUUGCCAUCUGUGUCAACAAUGGAGAAACGAGUCGUUAA